UAUUUAUUAUUGUUUUGCUGUUACUUGGUUAGUUAUGUAUGUUUUAGUUUUUGUUGAAGACUACUGAGGUCAAGACUCGAAUUUGCGACAAUGAUUUCAUCAUUUUCAUGUUUUUUAUGAUUCGUGCCGAAUAACAAAUUAUAAUAAUAGUAUACACUUUAUUUUAUAGUUACAGUAACACUAAAUAUUACAUUUUAAUUUGUGUUUCUUGAAGGUUCAGAUAUGUCUGGUCGCACUCCUCAAAGAAAUGGUAACACUACGCCAAGAGGAGGACAAACUCCUUCUCGAAAUAAUGCUGCUACUCCAAGAGGACAAACUCCUCGAAAUAAUGCCACUACUCCAAGAGGUAGAACUCCAACAAGAAAUGGUACUACUACUCCAAGAGAAGGAAGGACUCCUUCCAGAAAUAACAUGACUCCAAGAGUUAAUGGUCGUUCACCACAUACUAGAACACCGGGUUCCAUUUCCAGUCGUCGUUCAGGUGCUAUAGUCUCUGAAGCAUCCUCACCAGCUCGUCGUUUUAUGACAAGUCCUUUGCAAGGUUUACGUACCAGUGAAGUAGACCUUAGUUCUCCUAUAAAUUAUGGCUCUCCUCUAAGUUCUGUAGAUUCUCGUGCUACAGGUUUCACAAUGCGUAGUGGUGGUUCAGUUCAAAGAAAUAACUUAUCAGUUAAUCGUCGGCAAAGGCAAGUGGAUAUAACAAAUUAUGAAAAUGGAGCUCCUCGUCCUGAUAAUGAAAAUCAAGAUGUUGCUCCCAAUUUAGUCAUAUGGGGUACAGAUGUUGUAGUUGAUAAAUGCCGUUUAAGAUUCCAAAAUUUUAUUGAAACAUUUUGUGUCGAUGAAACUGAAUUGCCUCAUUAUAUGGCUAAAUUAAGUAAUGUUUUGGAAAUGGAAAUCCCAUAUGUAGAUAUUAAUUGUGCUCACUUACAUCAAUUUGAUUCUGAACUUUAUCAACAAUUAAUAUGCUAUCCGCAAGAAGUUAUCCCAGUAUUUGAUACAGUUGUUAAUGAAGUAUUUUUCACUAAAUAUCCAGCUGCUGACUUGACUCAUGUCACUAAGGCUCUUCAAGUGCGUCCUUUUAAUGUACAAAAAACUAAGAAUAUGCGAUUCCUUAAUCCCGAAGAUAUGGAUCAGCUAAUAACUGUUUCAGGAAUGGUAAUUCGAUGUAGUGACAUUAUACCUGAGAUGCGUGAUGCAUUUUUCCGAUGUAUUGUAUGUUCUUAUACAACUAUUGUAGAAAUUGAUCGUGGUAAUAUUGCUGAGCCAACUCUAUGCCCCCAUUGUAAUACUAAUCAUUGUUUUGAAUUAAUACAUAACCAAUCUAAUUUUACUGAUAAACAAUUGACUAAACUUCAAGAAUCCCCUGAUGAAAUGCCUGCUGGUCAGACUCCACAUACUGUAAAUUUAUACUCCUAUAAUGAGCUUAUUGAAACUGUGCAAGCUGGUGACCGUGUAUCUGUUACGGGUAUUUAUCGAGCUGUUCCAAUGCAAGUAAAUCCUAGAAUGAGGAACUUCCGAAGUGUAUACAGGACUCACAUUGACAUUUUACACUUUUUAAAAAGUAAUGAUAGCCGUAUAUCAUUUGCUGUUGAAGAAAAAAAUAAAAUAAGCGAGGAACGAAUUGAAGUAUUACGACAAUUAUCUAAGACAGUAGAUAUCUACGAUAGACUGUCAAAUACUUUGGCACCUUCUAUAUAUGAAAAUUGCGAUAUAAAAAAAGGUAUACUUAUGCAACUAUUUGGUGGUACUCGAAAAACCUCUAAAAAGAAAAAUCAUUUAAGAUCUGAAAUAAAUAUACUGUUAUGUGGUGAUCCAGGUACAAGUAAAUCACAAUUUUUAUCUUAUGUUUAUGAUAUUGUACCUAGAAGUCAGUAUACUAGCGGUAAAGGUUCUUCAGCUGUCGGUAUGACGGCCUAUGUAAUUAGAGAUCCAGAAACCAGACAAUUGGUUUUACAAACCGGGGCUUUAGUUUUAGCUGACAAUGGAGUUUGUUGCAUUGAUGAAUUUGAUAAAAUGAGCGAAUCGGCCAGGAGUGUAUUGCAUGAAGUUAUGGAACAACAAACUUUGAGUAUUGCCAAAGCAGGUAUUAUUUGUCAAUUAAACGCUAGAACUUCCAUUUUAGCUGCAGCAAACCCAUGUGAAUCGCAGUGGAAUAAAAAUAAGACUAUAAUAGAAAAUAUACAACUCCCUCACACUCUAUUAUCCAGAUUUGAUUUAAUAUUUUUAAUGUUGGAUCCACAAAAUGAACAGUAUGAUAGAAGAUUAGCCAAUCACUUGGUAUCUUUGUAUUACAAAAACGAACAUUACGAACGUGAUGAGCAAAUGGAUACUAGCUUACUUCAAGAUUAUAUAACUUAUGGACGAGAAACAUUUCAACCUAUUUUAAAUGAGGAAAGCAGGCAAAAACUUAUUCAGUAUUAUGUAAAUAUGAGAACUGUUGGAAGUGGUAGAGGACAAGUAUCAGCAUAUCCAAGACAGUUAGAAUCUUUGAUUCGGUUAUCAGAAGCUCAUGCUAAAAUGAGAUAUUCAAACGUUGUGGAAAUGAAAGAUGUUGAUGAAGCUUGGAGAUUAUAUAGAGAAGCACUUAAGCAAAGUGCUACAGAUCCUCUUUCUGGAAAAAUUGAUGUUGGAAUAUUGACAACAGGAUUAAGUUCAACUGAUAGACAAAGACGACACGAUCUUGCAGAAUAUUUAGCCAAAGUGAUAUCAAGCCAACCAAAAUCUACUAUAUUUAACUACCAAAAAUUAUUAAGUGAAACUAAAUUAGCUUUUCAAUUUCAAGUAACCCGAGAUAUGUUUGAUGAUGCUCUUAAAGAAGUGCAAGAUUUGGGGCAAAUUAUAGUUACGGGAAGAACCACAAUUCGUAGUAUUUAAGUUAUUCAAUAGAUUAUACUUUUUUCUGAUCAUUAAUAAUUACUGUUUUAAUUAUUAUUAAUGAUGUGUGUAUUUUUUAUAAUAUUUUAUGAAUGUAGGUAAUCAAAAUCAUUAAUAAAAAAUUCAUUCAAACAUUAACAGAUAA